UCGAUUGAUUUGAUUGUCGGAUGAAAUUUUAUUUUUCUCCUAUUUUUUGUGAAAUUAUGUGACUUCUUCGUAGAAAUAACAUGUCCUUUGCAACUAUGAAAACUGUGAAGAUGGAUAGGCUUUAAUAAGUUUAGUGAAUUGAACCAGUUUCGAAUAUGUCUGUCCCCGAGGAACAAGACAACUUCAUAUUUCGUCCCCAACAACAUUUAGACCCGAAAUGGCUUAAUCCUGACUUACAAGAAGCCCUUCACGACCCCGAAGCUGUUUGUACUCUAUUCAAUAGUUUACUGCAAGACAGGGAAAUAUAUUUCGACGCCGGAAACGGGUUGGUAAAUGGUGCUGGAAUAACUGCUAAACUUGGUGACAGCGGAAAAUAUUAUUGCGGACUAAGGAUUCUGAACUGUACUUGUUGUGAUGGUCUUUGCGGUCCUCAUUCGGGAUGUGCAUGCGCACCCUGUACAGCACUUUCGGCUGAAGAAGAGCUUCGGACCUCUAUUCAGUCUAAAAUUGUUGCACCACCACCCUCUGUCCAGGUUAUUGAUGAUAUCAAAUGGAAGCUAGAUCCAGGUCCGGAAUGUCUCAAAAAUCUUAUGGAAGCACUUGUUUGGGAGCAGAGAGUGAGGGCAAUAAAUACAGCAGCCAGCUGUCCGUUUAUAUCACAAAUCCGCAGAUUAAUUGUGCUCUGUCAUAGACAUCUUGUUGCAGUGAUAAGGGAUCAAAACAACCACAAAGAGGCUAAAAAAACCAAAGUUGAGAAGAAACCAGUGCAUGGUGUUAACAAUAGAAAUUUAAACAAUGUUGUCACCACACUAAACAAACCAAUGGAAUUAGGCUCUGAAAUGCAAGAAGAGGCUGAGGAACCAAGUGAUGAGACUGAAAGUGCCUUUGCUCUAGCGCGCGUAGGCGCAAGAGCUGCGUUACGUCUCGCAUUGUCUUUGGUGCGUCGCGCGUGGCGAUGCGGUGAGGAAGCCGAUGUUUGUUCUGCGUUACUUCGAGAUGCAUUAGAUGCAGUCAGAGGAUUGCCAGAAGCUGCAUUAUACGCUGGCAGUGGGCAACUUAAUUCUAUCGCCCAACAAGCGCCGCGUUCGCAAAAGAUCUGGGCAGAGGUUGUUGAUAGUGCAGCAAAAUUCUUGCAUCAAGUGGUUGCUGGUGAAGUAGGUUGCAACGUUCCUCAAGGUGAUUGGCGGAUCUCGCUUUGCGUGUGGGUCGAGUUGUGCGCACGUCGCGCCGAAUUACCCGCACUAUUAAAAGCUGCAGAUGUGCUAGUCACGUUACCGCCCAAGCAGAAACGACAACCAGAUAACAGAAUAGUGUUAGAAGAAUGCACAGCACCAUUAGGCCCAUUCCUAAGACGCAUGGCUAAAGUGGCAGCUCCCAAUCCAAUUGUUAACUCUGAACCAAAUAGCGAGUGUAAUAAUUCUACAGAGUUAUAUCUCAAGGAACUAGUUAUACCAAGUGGUGAUGGUCUGAUGAGUGUGAGGAAGGCUGGUAUUGCUUUGCUAUGUCAUUUAGAUCGACUUGGAGCUCCAUUGUUACCACCUUUGCAAGGUUUUGUCACUUGUACUGAGUCGGCACAAGAAGUAGUUAUAAUAGGUUCCGGUUUAGUUCAAUUAGGAAGUUUAAGAAUACAACAAAUCGCGUGUGCUGAGAAAUUGGCUUUACUUUUGACUCAUGAUGGCGCUGUGUACACUUUGCCUUACGAUACGAUGACUCCACUUCUGGUACCGGGACUAGAAAGUAAAACAAUAACUCAAAUGGCAUGCCAUCCAAACGGGCGGCACUACCUUUGUCAGUCAUCGUGUGGUGGCGUCUGGUCAUGGGGCGCGGGUGAAGACGGGCGACUGGGUCACGGUGAUACUGCUGCGAGAGAUGCACCUCAACCUUUACACCAUCUGGCUCACCAUGAGGUCGUAAGAGUUGCAGCCGGGAUCGCUUGCAGUGCUGUUAUAACAUCUCGUGGGGCAUUAUACACUUGGGGCCGUGGUACACAAGGAAGGCUUGGUCACGGAACAAUUGAAACCUGUCUUACUCCGCAACCCGUCUCCUUUAACGCACACAACAUCGAAAGGAUAAUUGAUAUCGCUCUUGGUUGGGGUGAAGGUCAAACUCUUUGUUGCACUUGGGAAGGCGCAGUACAAGUGUUUGGAGAUAGCGAAGCGGGUACUCCGAGAGCUCUCACAUCAUUAUCUACUCUACGCGUUACUCGAGUCUAUACCGGAGAAAAUUGGCACGCCGCGCUUACUGAUGGGGGACAAGUCUACACUUGGGGUAAAGGAGAUGGAUACAGAUUAGGUCAUGGAAAUUUAGAAUCUACUAAAAUACCCAAAUUAGUUGAAGCUCUUCAAGGUAUAAAAAUAGUAGACAUGUCACUCGGUAUGUCACACGGAAUUGCGUUGUCAUCUGAAAGCGUACUGUACGCAUGGGGCACGCACGAACGUGCGCAAAUCUCUAACACCGUACCGCAACCCUUGCAAGCGUUUAAUUCUUCAUUUAAAGCAAAUGGUGUUUCCACUGGACCUUUACAAAUAAUUGCGUGGAGUGAAGAAAAUCCUAGGGAUCUCCCUUCUUCAAUGCCUUUUGUUAUUGACUUGUCGGAAAACACGUUUAGGUUCCUCGAGCGGCUUCUAAGAAUAGUGGUAGAACAAAGUACAACAGCGAAUAUUAAGGAAAAUGAAUGUCUAGCAAUCUCAUGUUUGAAUCUCCUUAGGUUACAAGUUCACGCCUGGCAAUGCGCUCGGGGCAAUGAAAUAGACGAAACAGAUUCGGAAAGUAGACCCUGGUGCGCCGGUGUGCAUACUGCGUUAGUGGCGCUAGUUGAAGGAAGAGCUGGAGUAGCGGCCGCGGCGGCUGCUAGGAAGGCUUUGGCUGCGGCCUGGCCUAUUCUGUUACCUACUCCUCAAAUACGAGCUCAGCAUCUAAUAGCUUUGUUGCCUCAGGGAUCAGUCCCCGCUAGUACAGGAGCAAGAUUUAUGACAGAACUACUAGUUUGGUCUUUAUUAGGCGGCGGAGGUUUGCGAGAUGCUUUACGAAACGCACUUCAAGCUCAUUCUACAGAUGCGUACAAUCAUUUGCAGUUAGACGACGAAUACGACCAAAUCGACAUAGUGACUGGACAAAGAGGACAUUCAGCAACGACUAUGUCUGAUGAAAGCGAAGUUGUACCAGCAAAUUGUACAGAGGAAUAUCAAAUCAUGAAUAACACAACAGUCGGCGAAAACGGCGCUUCGGUUCCGCUUAUGCAUUUGGUUAAGCAUUUGAUACGCAACACGAGUUGUCAGACGCAAAUGCUCAUAACCCUCAUAAUGAACGGUGAUACCAGUAAGACUGAUGAUCUCAAGGGGCAUGACACUGUGAGUCCUAGCUGCGACCUUCUUAUCAGAUUUCAGAGGUUACUAUUCAGUGAAGCGAUGUGGUCUAGAGGUGGCCGCAGCACGCGUGGUGGAGUACAAUCCCUGCUCACACAGUACACAACUCUGCUGUCAGAACACGUACAUUCCACGCUAAGUUGCUUUUCGAGGGCUGUUCAUAGAGCUGACAAUGCGCAGUUGGUUGCACUUUGCGAUCUGGUUAGCGCUGAUAUUGUUGGUCGUGUAAUGAGUGAACUAGCAGUAUGGGUGUGUGCAUGUUCGGCACGCUCGGCCAUUUCUCUUUCCGAGUGCACGGACUCUCUUGUGAAUAUUGUGCGUGCUUGUGACGAAGCGGCACGAACCUUACCUUCUGCCCCGAAGCUGGAUGCUGAUCUACUAGGAUGGCCAGGCCUCAUGUCGAAGCGGCACCAGUUAAACCGCAGUGUUAUACGCAAGUGCGACCUCCAAAAUCAUACCAAAGAAGGAGGAUCAUGGAUACUAAUCGCUGGCCACGUAUUCGACGUCGAAAAUUUUGAAUGUGAAAACGCGAGUACUGUGGAGUUAGUACGAAAAAUGCGCGGAUGCGAAGCCACCGCUGCCUUGAGUGUAGAACCUCAUGCCGCUUUUCUUUCAAGGAUUACCGAGAAAUGUGUCGGAAUUUAUGCUAGUCAGAUAUACAGUCAUAAGUGUCAGGAAAGUACAUCGAGUCUCCGAACACACCAUAUCCUAUCAUCUUGCGCAUUUAACCUAGCGUUGGGUCUGUCACAAUGCGGCCUACGGUUAGCGCGUUCCUUGCCAAUUCAACAAGCUGAACGUGAGACCGCGACCUAUGCAGCUGCCGUUUUUCUACGAGGUGGUCUUCAGACAUCUCAACCAGCAAAUCCCUUCGAAGAGGAAAAGGCAGAAGCUCGAAGCGGUUCUUCCACAGGCGGCAAUAGUCCAGCGAGCGAUACUCCACACAUGUCUCACACAUCACAUACAUCCAAUGUACUGUAUCCGCCACAGACGCGUAUUACCCGAGUGCCGAAAGUUAAUGUCACAGUAUCGUCCAUGCGAGCGGAUACGUUACUAUUCGCGUUGGCUGAACCCAAAUUACACGAUCCUUUAGCCUUACAUUUGUGGUGGGCUUGUGAACGUCGUGAAGGUUGUGCUCCUCAUUUUCCUCCUGAGCAUCCUCUUGAAGAACUAAGGCGCGCUUUAUUGGCUGUUCUGUUAUACCACUCCGGCCUAAGAGAGCAUGCUUUAGCAACUGCUACUGCAGAAAUGGAAAAAGGCGAAGUGAAGCUCUCUCCAGCUAUGUCUGAAAUCGUUAAAGCUGUACAACAGAGUAAAUGGACACUGAUGCGAACAAGGCAACAAUUAUCGAGAGGAUAUAAAGAAGUAUGUGCGGCGCCCUUAGAAAGAGCUCGGUUCCUCUUACACGAAGUACGCGCAGCUAUUUCGCCAGCUGUAUCAGCGUUACACUCAAGACCGCCUUCUCGUCGUCCGCCCACGGCAAAAAAAAUAUUCCAAAGAGUUAUGAGAAUGGCCAAAUCUCCCACUUUUAAUAAAUGUUUUGAAACAACAAAAGACCUUAGAAAUAGACAAAAUAGUCUCAGCAAAAGUAUGCUCAAAGCAACAGGUAGCUUACUGCAAGGGGACGCAUUGCUAAUAAAAUCUGCUCUAGGGAAUCAAAGUAGACCAGAGGAAAUCCAAACAAUUAUUGUAGAACCGCCAAAAGGUCACGUUAAUUUAGAGGGAAACAGCGACGCUAUUUUAAAAACCCCUUGUCAUUUACAAGCUAAAAUUAAAUUAAAAUCGAAAGAAAAGCCACUCGAAAAGGAUUUGAAAAAUGCUUCUAAUUACGAUGACAUGCGACAUGAUGUUCGAACUGAUCUCAAGCUGACUGAAAAAGGAAUCGACCUUAAACUGACUGAAAAGGAAGAGGCAUUCGAUAAGGAUGAUGACAAAACCCCUACAAAUGAAAUGUCGUUGAGUUCAAUUAAUGAAAUGACUGAUAACUCUGUUCUUAAGGAAUCUUUGGAAAGCGAAAAACAAGUUAUACUUUUAGCUGAAGAUUUGAAAAAUGAACUUAUUGUCGCUGACGAAGAAAAAGAUGAUGAUAAUUCGGAACGAAAUAAGUUUGUUAAUGCAUGGGUUGCAAGACUCGCCUGCGAAGAGAAGGAUUUAUAUUGGAUGUUAGAAGAAGUGACGCCUGAACAACAAAACUUGACCGCAGCAAUUAUUGAUUUCGUUAUGACAGAAGAACCUUGCGACAUCGAUAUCCUUAAACGAGCAUUAUACUGUCAGAUUCAAAGAGCAGAUAUAAGACGAAUUGGUUACUCUGUAAUAAACAAUAUUCUACAUUCCUCUCAAACGAUGUCUGAAAGUAUCAAAUACGCAGCACUUUCUGGUCUAUUAGGAGCCUCAAUGGCAGACUCAGUCCCAAACACCCACCUCAAACCUUCGAUACCACUAACGAAACCUUUGGAAAGCAUCGAAUCUGUGAUACCUUAUUCAAAAUAUAUGGUACUAUUGGAACGGUCAAAGCUCAUGGAUUUUAUUCUGAUCGAAUUGAAGGCAAGAGUUCUUGAAGGAGAACACACUCAACCUUUACCUCUCAAAAUGAGUGCAAAUUAUGGCGCACAUGCAUUAUUAAACCGACCGUCAAGGGCAAGGUUCCUAAUAACACUUCUGUCGUUGCUCAUCGAGGGUUGUCAAGGUCCAGAACUGGAGCAACUAAUAAACGGCGGGGCAUUGAGCUCUUGUUUGACCUUACUAAAACAAAUUGGAGGAGAUACAUCUCAACAUUCAUCUCUCACAUAUAAUGGGAUGAAGUCCAAAACUGAUUGCUUGGUUAUCUACGAAGACGAACGCCUUGGUGCACGCGCAAGAGGUGCGUCUUUGUCAGGUCCAGAACUUGCUUCCCUUAUGAAGAUUGGCACGCGGGUUGUGCGAGGAAAAGAUUGGAAAUGGGGUGAUCAGGAUGGUGUGCCAGGCGGAGAAGGUCGAGUCAUAGGCGAGCUGGGUGAGGAUGGUUGGGUCCGUGUAGCUUGGGAUGCAGGAGGUACCAACUCAUAUCGUAUGGGCAAAGAGGGUAAAUAUGACCUCAAGCUAGCGCGCUCACCUUCACCGCCGCCUUCAGUAGAUGAAACUGUACAAGGAAAUGUGGAAAAUAGCGUGGAAUGGUGGCCAGUAAGUGAAGUUCGUUCAGCGUGCACCUGCGCUGUGCGUGCUCUGUGCGCCGGCGCAGGAACCACGCCAGCCCCUAGUCCGGCAGCUCGACGGAAUGUUGCAGCUUUACAGAGGAGACUUUUGGCACUCUCGCAUGCACACGUCUAUCCACCACCAACUGCAUUUGCAUCACACACUCACACCGCAUUGGCAUUGUUACGAGCAAGCGCACAAAGUCCUGAGAUGAGGGUCUCCUUAUGCACUGAUUCAUGGUUCGAGCUUUGCUACAGCAUAAUAUCGUCGACAGACAAACCUAUUUCCCAGGAUCUCAUAUAUUUGCAGAUUCAGUCUCUAUGGCUUUUACGUCGUGUAUUAGCAGAGCAUACGGGCACACUAGAAUGGCGAAGAACUGUAACAGCGCAACUUAUAGCUUUGACGGGAAGGCUUUGGCUUGAAACUCACGUAGCUGAUCCGGCUUUGAGAGUGCACCCAUAUUCACCAAUCGCUCUUACUUCAAUAAACCUAGAUGAAGAGGAAGUAGACAAUAGAUGGAGAGCACCUGCGACCGCGAGUUACACUGGAGCGACAUGCUCAGCUAUUGUCAAUCUGAUACGCCAAUUGCACGCCUUACCACAGUGGCACGGACCAGUUACCACACUCUUACUUGAAAAGCUACAGUUGGCAGCGCAAAUGAUCACUAGUGACUGGCAUUGGUGGCCCCAUACCAGUCAGGAACUAACUCAAACUAUGAGGUCAACUCCUCCGACACUUAACAAUUGUCUCAUUGCUGGAGCGUUAGGGGUAGUGGGUGGAAUGGAAUGGCGUAUUCGACUUGGGCAAAGAGUAUGCGUGGGAUCACCGCCUAGAAACGCCAUCGUCACUCAGUUGUCGCCACGGGCUAAAAUAACUUUAUUGCACGAUGACAACACCUCUACUAAGACGGAUUUGAACAGCGUGCAAAGCGCUGAAUGUGAACGCUUGCCACAAGCUCUAGGCGGGGGUGAAAGUGCGUUGCGCGUUUGUGUCGCUUUAUUAGGCGCAGGACCGCAGGCUUCGCCAAUGCAUCCACACCACUUACCAGCUGAUGUAGACGUAUACGGACUUCGAAGGCAACAAAUGGAAUUGCUCACAUUGUGUGCUGUAAGAGGACUAUUGACUACUCGAACUCGCCUUAGAAAGGUUCUGAUGCAACCCCCGGAUAAUGGCGGUAACACAUUAGACAGGGGUACAACGCUGGGAACAGAGGGCACUUUGUUAAGACGUCUACUCGCAUUAGCCACUCGGCCGAGUCCACUGGCUUCCUCUCAUUCGCCUAAAGAGCUUGCUGCGGCUGCCCUUACAGUAGUUCAACAGUUAGCGGCCCAUGUUUCUGGUGACGAAAAAGAUUUCGAUGCUCCACCUGAGAUACCUCUAAUAGACAAAAGUAAUGUUAUGCAGGUAUCUAUGGGACCGUCAACUAGUACUGCAUCGCUAUCACGAAAAGAUUUAAACACGUGGGCAAAUUCGUCGCAAGUGCAACAGGUCAUUGAGAUGGGUUUUACGAGACACGCUGUUUAUUCCGCUAUACAGACACUGGGAGGUACAACUCUACCAACAGUGGAAGCCUUAGUGGCGUAUUUACUGGAGUUACCGAAACAGGGCAUGGACGAUACCGUGUUUGAAAUAAAGCCAACUACGUCAAAGCAAGAAAAGAAACAAAUGCCGUACCGAUGGCGUAGUUGCUUUGCCUCUGAAGACGAGUACGCUCAGUAUUUGUCCGAUAUCAUAACCCCUGGUAUGACAGUAAGAUGCUGUAAGGCUUAUGAAAGUAUUGCACUUGGCGAUGUCGGACAAGUUCAAAAAGUUGAACGCGAUAUAAAACAGAAUGUUUUUCUACACGUGGAAUGGCGCGGCUUAGGUCGAAUCUCGGGCGUACGCGCAUUACACGCGGAGGUUGUCUCAGGAGCUCCGCCGUUCGCAUCGGGCGAUCGCGUACGCGUUCGGGCAGCAGUUACACAACCGCGCUAUAAAUGGGGCUGUAUAGAUCACACCAGUGUUGGAACCGUCACAUCAAUAUCAAGCAAUGGACGAGAUUUAACAGUUGAUUUCCCUCAACAACCUGGCUGGACUGGACAAGUAAGCGAAAUGGAGCUAGUUACUGAUCAAUCCGAGUGGGGAGAAAGUGCGGGUGGAAGCACGGUAGGUUGGCGCGGCGCCGUCCGAGCCGUACGUGUUUCUUCAUGUCGCCCCGGUGCCGGAGCGCGUCGACUGCUUGACUCACAACCUCACACUUACUGGCAGAGCUCUAGUGGAACGGGCCAACAUUGGAUACGUGUAGAAAUGCGAUGUGGAGUACGCAUUCGACGUCUCGGUCUAGGCGUGGCGGGCGGUGCGCACGGUCCAGCCGCAUUAUCCGUUAGAGCUGGUAAUAGUUUUGAGGAUUCUGCCCUGGCGCCGCUUGCCGCAGUCCCGUGCACUCCCGCACCGCCUUCAAGGGACCGUCCGCCUACACAUCUGGCACAAAUACAGCUGCUUUCUGAUUGCAAACAGUAUUAUCCGUGUAUAGAAAUCGGAAUUAAACAAAAUAGGAACGUAAACGCCGAUUGUCGAGUUCACGGUCUUUACAUUACGGGAUUUAGACCUAAUCCAAUGUACACGGAAAUUUUAGGAAGUAUGAAUUUUGUGGCCGAAGAUUGGAUGGAAAAGGAUAACCCAGCGAGCACAGUUUCUACUGAUAAUAAUCCUCCAGUAUUACCAAACGACUGUCCAAAGGUGUACGUAUGGGGUUUAAAUGAUAAGGAUCAAUUGGCCGGUGUUAAGGGCUCCAAAGUGAAGGUUCCUGUAUUUUCCCCAGUACUAAGUGCCUUACGCCCUCUUCACAUAGCGGGCGGUUCUAAAACGUUGUUCAUUGUAUCACACGAUGGAAAGCUAUACGCUUGCGGAGAAGGCACGAAUGGUAGACUAGGUCUUGGACACAGCAACAACGUGUCAACUCCGCGUGCGAACCCGUACCUUUCACACGUGCUUGUGCGUCGAGUCGCUGUGCACUCUGGUGGAAAACACGCGUUGGCUCUCACUGCUGAUGGAAAGGUGUAUUCGUGGGGCGAAGGCGAAGAUGGGAAAUUGGGUCAAGGCAACCGCAUAACAUUGGAAGCUCCGCGUAUUAUCGAGUCGCUUUCCGGAGAACGAGUUGUAGGAAUCGCUUGUGGGUCCGCUCACAGUGCGUGCGUCACGGCAAGAGGACAUCUGUACACUUGGGGGCUGGGGGAAUAUGGACGAUUGGGCCAUGGAGAUGACGCUAUCCAACUUUUGCCCAAAAUGGUCGAAGCCCUGGCUGGAUUCAGGGUCGUACAAGUGGCCUGUGGUUCGCGGGACGCUCAAACUUUGGCCCUCACAGCAUGUGGAAAGGUUUUCUCUUGGGGAGAUGGUGACUUUGGAAAAUUAGGUCGGGGAGGUUCGGAUGGUUGCGCAGUGCCAAUGAACGUGGAAAGACUGAAUACGCUCGGGGUUAUUCAAGUUGAAUGCGGUGCUCAGUUCAGUUUAGCCCUGACUAGGGAUGGAGAGGUAUGGACGUGGGGUAAGGGCGACUACUUUCGGCUGGGGCACGGUUGCGACGCACAUGUACGUCGACCUACCAUCGUGGAGGCGUUACGAGGUCGACGCGUUAUACACGUCGCUGUUGGGGCGUUGCAUUGUUUAGCUGUAACUAGUGACAAUCAGGUAUGGGCAUGGGGAGACAACGAUCACGGCCAGCAAGGCAACGGAACCACUUGUGUCAACCGCCGGCCGGCAGUGGUUGCCGGUGUUGAGGGAGUCCAACGAGCCGCCGCGGGGUCUUCACAUUCAGCAGCCUGGGCGCUGAGGCCGACUGCCUUACAACCAGACAUUCAGACUCCACACGUCGCUCCGUUGCCAUUCCCCACUUUGAAGGAUCCGCUGGGAGCGCAAAGCCUUGGUCUCUACUUGGAUGAAAUCUCAGUAGAUGAACCACAAGGCCCGCGCCCCUCAUUAGCUGCUGCAGCACUGUCCCUCGAGCCUCCAGUAGCUGUACAACAUGCGCUUUCACUGAUUCUUCUCGCAUUACAUAUUACUCAGGCUCGCAGUCUUCUGGUAGAAGCCCUACGAGCACAUGAGGCAUCUUCGACAGCCGCUCCAGUGGUGGUUGGAAUGGAUUCUGAGGACGAUGACGCCGAAGCUGAUGCACGCACCGGUGGGGGUGAAGCACCAGCUGACAGAGCGACCUUACCGAGCGGAGCAAGCAGCCCACUAAGCGGUUCGAUAUCAUCCCGUCACUCAGCAGUGAUGUCUUCAAGUGCAGUGUCAGUUGCGGCCGCAACUAUGACUGUGCAACAGGCGGAGGCUCCUAAGUUGGCGCUAGAUGACUUUACAUCUCAAUUGGGCGAAUCGGAUGCAAGAGCGUUAGUGGAUCUGUUGAAGUUAGCUGCUGCGGGACGCGUGCCCGACGCCAGUAAUGCCGUCAAAGUCAUUACUGAUGUACUUAUGGCAUUAUGCUCAAGCAAGCCCGCAGUAGCGGACAUGGUGGUGGAGGUGUGCGUCUGUGAACUGGAAGAAGCGGCGGCUGGUGGUACAAGGGUACCGCCACAUCCUGUCACAGUCGACAGUCCGCAUCCGUAUGCAGACGACACCGAUAUAUCCGGCGUAGUGAAAAUUGCUGGCGCAUCAUCCCUACGAGUCUCGUUUGAACAAGGGUGCUCUACCGAAAGAAGGAAUGAUCCGCUGACAAUAUCAGACAGUGCUGGAAGAGUCCUUGCUGCUAGAUCUGGCAGGGAACCCGCGGACUGGGCUCAGGAAAUUAUUGUAAAUGGUGAUGAACUACGUUGGCGAUUUACGAGUGACGGAUCUGUAAACGGUUGGGGCUGGCGUUUCACAGCACAUCCUAUUUUGCCUUCUCACUCCAGCAUGGAAAGUGGCACGGAUCGCUAUAUACUAUCAUGUCCAUCCGUGGAAUUGGCUUGGCGGUUAUUAGACGGACCAUUGCUUUCGGCUAUAUCGAAUGAUCAUCAGUUAGCGCCGCGACUGGCGCAGGCAUUAGCUAUUUGUGCCCAAAUGCCUACAUUGUCGUGGCGUGGCCGUGUGUGGUGCGUGCGUCGUUUACGAGGUGUUGUAUGCGCGGGAGGUAUAGGAAGGAACGCAGGGGAGGGUGUUGCACCGCCUACCGCUUUGCAAGCGUUGCCGCAAUUAGUUCACACGCAGUACGAGCAUGAAGAACCUGCACUGCGUACUGGCACACAUCUGUUACAUACGCAUUAUCUUAAGGAGUUGGCCUGGCUCGCUUGCGGUCUACGCAUUGACAAUCGCGUGUGUUCCGGCCCCGAUGCGACCCGUUGGGCGUGGUUUAAACGAUACUGCUUGUGCAUGCGAACUGCGGAUGCGCUAAUACGUCGAGUGCCCAUGCCGGUGCCUUUCCUAGCAGAUGUGCGUAAGAGGCUUGCGGAUUUAGGAGUGUACAAUGUUGAAGAGAGCAGCUCAGAUGCGCAGAAUCCAUGGGAAGAUAACAAGGCCAUAACAAGACAACAUGACGAACAACUGCUGCAUUGGGUGAACAAACGACCAGAAGAUUGGUCAGGCUGGUGGAAUGGUAGUUCCCGUGGAUGUGCAGUGUACGGUUGGGGGCACAACCAUCGCGGACAACUUGGAGGGGUUGAGGGGGCCAAAGUUCGAACGCCCACACCUUGCCAUGCAUUAGCUACACUCAAUCCGGUGCAAUUAGUUGGUGGAGAGCAAACUUUAUUCGCAGUAACGCCUGACGGAAAGGUAUACGCUACUGGUUAUGGAGCAGGCGGCCGUUUAGGCAUAGGGGGUAUCGAUUCUGUUUCUCAACCUACGUUGUUAGCUUCUAUUCAACAUGUCUUCAUCUCCAAGGUGGCCUGCAAUUCAGGUGGUAAACAUUGCUUAGCAUUGUCUGUUGAUGGAGAAGUUUACAGUUGGGGCGAAGGAGAAGACGGAAAACUUGGCCAUGGGAAUAGAGUGAGCUACGAUCGUCCAAAAUUAAUAACAGCACUAUCUGGACUGGAAGUGGUAGCGAUAGCGUGUGGUGGAGCGCAUUCUGCUUGUUUAACUGCGAGAGGACGAAUAUACACUUGGGGUAAAGGGAGGUACGGUCGGCUUGGACACGGGGAUUCGGAAGACCAACUUGUGCCAAAAUUGGUAGAAGCGUUGUCAUCAUACCGAGUAAUUGACGUGGCCUGCGGUUCUGGCGACGCACAAACCUUAUGCAUUACUGACGAUGACAAUGUUUGGUCAUGGGGAGACGGAGACUAUGGAAAGCUUGGACGUGGUGGUUCAGAAGGCUGUAAGUUACCAAUGAGAAUCGAUUGCUUGAAGGGAUUACGGGUGAUAAAAGUUGAAUGUGGAUCUCAGUUCUCUGUGGCCUUAUGUCAGUGUGGCAGCGUGUAUACAUGGGGUAAAGGAGAUUAUCAUAGAUUGGGGCACGGAAGUUACGAACAUGUACGGCGACCGAUGCGGGUAACUGGUAUGCAAGGGAAGAUGAUUGUUUCCAUUGCUACAGGUAGUCUUCAUUGUGUCGCCUGUACCGACACAGGUGAGGUAUAUACAUGGGGUGAUAACGACGAAGGUCAACUGGGAGAUGGGACUACUUUGGCCGCACAGAGGCCAAGGCUGCUCCUGGCAUUACAGGGAAAACGUGUUACACGCGUUGCGUGCGGUAGCGCACAUACAGUGGCACUGUGCGUAGAGGCACCUCGCGCGCCGCGGCCGCCGCCUUCGCCGCCGCUGGAAUGCCACUUGCUUCGAGAUAUGUCACCGCAACUUAUUUGUAACAGACUGGUACUACUGCAUCAGUUUUCUGAACUAGUAUGCCCUAACCUACCGCUGCUGGUAUUAGACGAACCGCUGGAUCAACUCAGGAGUUUGCUGUUCUAUAGUGUAAAAGAUGCUGCCUUUAGAAAGGCAAUUAUGGCAACAAUGGUACGGGAACGUCAGCACGGCCCUAUAGUAGAACUGUCCCGAGUAGCGGCACGCAGAGCCCGUAGAGGCGGCAGUGGUUUGGCCGGACCAGCCGGCAUGCGUUCAGUGUUCGGUCAAAUGGUGGCUCGACUACCCGUACUUACGCAAGAUGCUUUGGCGCUACCACAUCGAGUUUGGAAGGUUAAAUUUGUGGGCGAAAGUGUUGACGACUGCGGUGGUGGAUACAGUGAAAGUAUUGCGGAAAUGUGUGAGGAGCUGCAAAAUGGAUCUCUACCGCUGUUGAUGGCCACACCCAAUGGGCGUGGAGACGCGGGUGCCUCGAGAGAUGCUUUUCUUCUCAACCCAACUGCUAAUACUCCUUUGCACCUUAACUGUUUUAGAUUCCUUGGUGUAUUAAUGGGCAUCGCAAUCAGAACCGGUUCGCCUCUCUCGCUAUCUUUAGCUGAAGGCGUAUGGCGACAGUUGGCCGGGCAACAACUUCGGCCGCAAGACCUGGCGGAAGUGGAUAAGGACUUUUUACCGGCCCUAUUGUGCAUACGCGACAUGACGCCUAGUAAUAAGGAAUUACAAAACCUUGAACUACCAUUCUCAAUACCGUCGGCAGCUGGACAUGAAGUUCCACUCUCGACACGACACAAACGAGUAACGCCUGAUAAUAAAGACGAGUAUGUGCAACUAGCGCUGCAUUACAGGCUCCACGAGUUCGACGAGCAAGUACGUGCAGUAAGGGACGGGAUGUCACGCGUUAUUCCCGCACCACUUUUAGCGCUCUUUAAUGCUUCGGAAUUGGAGACGCUCGUGUGCGGAUCACCAGACAUACCGGUCCACUCGUUACGUGCCUCUGCUACAUACAAAGGUGUUGAACCAAACGCUCCGCUUGUCCAAUGGUUCUGGGAAGUUAUGGAGGAACUUUCAGGCAGUGAGCGUGCUCUUUUCCUACGUUUCGUGUGGGGGAGAACGCGUUUGCCCCGCGCCCCUCAAGAUCCACGUCAAAGAGACUUCGUUCUACAGGUUCUCGACAAGUACCAACCACCAGAUCACUUUUUGCCAGAGAGCUAUACGUGUUUCUUCCUCCUAAAGAUGCCGAGGUAUUCCUGCAAGAGCGUAUUACGAGAAAAGUUAAGAUAUGCAAUACACUUCUGCAAAAGCAUCGACACGGACGAGUACGCACGCGUGGCACUCAGCGCCGCCGAAAGGGUCUCUUCAGAAGAAUCGGACUCUGAAGGUGACGGUACACCAAUGCCGACGUCGAUUCCUCCACCUGUACUUUAUUCACUCACCAGGGCACCAACGUGGCUAUGAAGUCUAUUUACGUGAAGUGCUAAACCGAGCCACGAAAGACAAGACUGCGAGAAUAAACGUGCCCUGACAUUAUUACCAUAAUUUACAUGGUAGACGAGUGGCGGAUACACAUGAUUCCUUCAUAGAUUUAUAUGGCGUUGGUAUAUAAAGGCAAGUUUUGCUUCCUCAGGACUAUGGUGGAUAUUUAAAUGCGCGAAGUAUCAGACAGUCAACUCAACUAAAAUUGGGUAUACACAACACCGAAUUUCGACUGCAUCUGUUUAUACAGACCUAAGUUGUCAUAACUGAACCGCGUGUGCGUGAAUUUUUGUUUCUCGUAUCAAAAAUAUGACGCAGACACAUCCACUUUCACAGACUUGUGAAACUGGAUGUGUCUGUUAUACUCGUUUGUGCCGGGUGGACAGGUGCGUCAGGCAAAGGUUGGUUUUUCCAUGCGCUGUAAUAUAAAUUAAUCCGUCAAUUACUCAUCAAAACUACCGACUGCAAGCGAUGCCAGUUGUGGCAUUUUUGUGCUGGUUUGCCUGCAUGAUGUCUACCAUGUAAAAAUGGCAGUUAGACAGACUUGUCUGAUAUUGACAAAUAAAAAAGUAGUAAAACUGACAUAAAUAUCGAAUAAUCCGCUUUUAUAUGUGUGUGUAUAAUAAUUAAGUAUUGGAUGUCAAAGUUCAACAAAUCACUUAAAACACAAUAUAAAAUUUUACUAAAGUGUCACGUUUAAAUUUUUUGCUUAUAAAGUUGUUAUUUAAUAAAAAAUAAGCAAAAAAAUUCAAUGAUGUUAAUUAAAACCUCGGAUUAAUCACUAAGUAAUAUGGUUUGUUGAACUAGACAAUCCAUCCCAUUUAGGGUCACGAAUUAUUAGACUGAUGCCUGUCGAAUAUUGUAAUAGUUAGCAGAAUAAAAAAAAAAUAUUUUCUGCCGAUCCUUGGGUUUUCUAAAUUAAAUUUUUACAAAUCCACUCUAGCAUUGAAAACAAAGGAAUCGCGCGAAACAUUUGCGACACGUAUUUUAUAAUUGGGCUACAAUUAUAAAGUCCAUUUGGCGUUGAAUUUUAUUAAAAUCAAAUGGAGUAUUUUAACGAUUAAGCUAUCGUGGAUGUCAAAAGAAAGGGCUAGCUUUCGCUAACCGACCUAUGUCUAUUUGAUUAUUUUUCACAUAAACACAAAUUAAUUAUCAAACAUGAGUGGAGCAAAGGUGUUCUUUAUACUACUCCGUUUUACAAAAACUCACCGUCUAGACGAAACGCAUCGGGCUUGAGACCCUUGAUGUAACUGAGAAGAAUAUUUAACGUAAUUCUUCCAUCCAUUUAUACAAGUACUAACUUUUAAUGCAAUAAAAUGCUUCCACUAUUUGGAUGCGAAACUAUUAUGAUGUAUCGAUUUUUAAAUAUAAUUGCAGUGAAUUAGAACAUUACUGCUAUUUAAACGCAAUGACUAUUAUCUACUACAUUGAUGAGUCUCAACAACAUUCCAAAAUUAUAAUUAGAAAAAAAUCCAAAAUUAUUAAUAGGUUCCACCUUUUGUGCAUUGAUGCUGUCUCCUUUCGGACAUACCUAUGUUACUCGGGGAUGUUUAAAUUAAACUCUAGCUUUAUGUUCUCGUAUUAAAUGCUACAUUGAUCAUUUUGAAUACUCGAUAACGCAAUGAUAUUUUAAUGUAGCUGUUUAAGGCAUUCAAAAGUUACUAACCAUAUCGCUUGUUUGCAAUUAAAAGCAUUCCAUCCAUACUAUUGUUACCGAAGCACGCAAGGGUUUGCUUUAAGUGAUCUUAUGUAGUUUGUAUACGCGUUAAAAGAUUUUCGGAACUUAUCGAUAAAAAAAAGAUGUAAAGUAUGUCUUAACUAAGUAUGCCUGAAUUCCAAUGCUCGAUAAUUAUUUAACUAAAUCGCAAUAUAUAUAAGCUUGAUAUUUUAAUCUUUAUAACAAAUAAAAUGAAUCUAUUUUAAUAAACCUCUAACAAAUGUAUAAUUUUGGAACAACCUACAUUUUUGCUAGAGUUUGUGUGAUCCUUUUAGUAUUAUGAAAGUUUUGAUAUUUAGGUUUUUUUUAACUAUAACUUUGCAGCACUCACAAAGUAUUAUGGAUUGAAAAUCUAUAGGUAUUAAAGUAUUUUUAAAGUGUGACGUCAAAUUAUCGAUGACUGAUACCAGUGUACAGCAGAUGCAACGAAUGGAUUUAGCUGUUUGUGAUUGUUGGCUUUUAGAUAGGAACGGAAUUUAGAAAGUGCAUUUUAUAUAGAACAAGCAAUUAAUGCUAGUCAGAUUGUUAAUAUAAAGGGCUUGAUAUAAACUUUAAUACCUACUUAUUUAUUUUAUUGUAAUUAAAAUAUUAUAAUAUGUUUUGAAUAAUAACUAUUUUACAAAAAGCACCUUAAGAUAUUGUUGACUCACCAAUAUAAUGCUUCUCUCUCCUUAUGCAUUAUAUCUUAGUACUCUCUUUAUUGUAUAUAUUUUUAGUUGUCCACAAAAAAUAUUUUGAAACCAUCAUACAUGAUACAAGCUAUUCAGUUAACUGUGUAAUUUAUAAUUGUAUGUAGUAUACGGAAUUGUAGUAUUAGUAGCACUGUAAUGAUUUUAGACAGUUGUCAUUUUAAAUCGUAUUUUCUAAAUAUAAAACACCACCUUGAAUUGUGGUAACUAACUUCAUUUUAAUAUUACAUUGCAGUUCUCACAGAUACCUAACACACAUUUACAUAGUUUGGUGCUAGUGCUUGAAUUAGUGUUAACGUUUUUUACAAAAGUUUUUAGAAAGCACAAAAUAAAUAUAAAAUAAGAUACAUAAAUAUAUUGAUACAUAGUAGUAGGCUCAAUAAUCCAUUGUAAUAUUCCAUAUGGCUUUGUUAUUCUUAAUCGAAGUAUGUAGCCUUAAACCUAUUAUAUGUUCACAAAUAUUCAUUUUAAUAUUUUGUGAUGCUUUUAAAAUUGUAUCCAAAUAUUUUUUCACCAAAGAAUAACCAGGAAAUUAAUAGCUGGACAGUGCUUACGUUGUAAAAAACAAUGAUAUAAAUUAUAUCAAUUCAUA